ACACACGACCGCACCUUCGCGCGGCAGCCAUAUUACGACUAAUCCGACUUCUGCCGCUCCUAAUGCCCACUGCUUGAGUUUCCACAUCUCCACUCUAAUUGCUUCCCAAGAUGUCCGGACAUCCACAGGGAGGCCAAUACGACGACGGCUACGGCCAGAAUCAGGGCCACCCCCAAGCCCAACAGGGCCAAGACGCCUAUUAUCACGAUGAUUACCAGGGCCAGUACCACGACGACGCCCAUGGCGCCCAGUACCAGCAGCAGGGCCAGCAUGGCGAUGCCUAUUACGACGAAUCCGCCUACUAUGAUGGUCAGCAGGGCGGCAACUACCAGCAAAACGGCUAUUACGACGAGCGAGGUCAGCAGGGAUACCAGGACGAGUAUUACGACAACCAGUACUACGACCAAGGAGGUGCGCAAGAUGGCCAGCAGCCACGCCGCCGUCAGCACGACUCCGAGGAAGACUCCGAGACCUUCAGCGACUUCACUAUGCGAUCGGACAUGGCUCGCGCUACCGACAUGGAUUACUACGGUCGUGGCGAUGAGCGCUACAACAGCUACGCCGAAGGCAACCGCGGCUACCGACCCCCUUCGUCUCAGGUUUCGUACGGUGGCAACCGAUCGUCCGGCGCCUCAACCCCCAUCUACGGUAUGGAUUACUCAAAUGCCCUGCCCGCUGGACAGCGGUCUCGCGAGCCCUACCCAGCCUGGACCGCCGAGGCUCAGAUUCCCUGCACUAAGGAGGAGAUUGAGGAUAUUUUCCUUGACCUCACUUCCAAGUUCGGUUUCCAGCGUGACAGCAUGCGUAACAUGUACGAUCAUUUCAUGACUCUGCUCGACUCGCGUGCGUCUCGUAUGUCGCCGAAUCAGGCUCUUCUGUCUCUCCACGCCGAUUACAUCGGUGGAGAGAAUGCCAACUACAGACGCUGGUAUUUUGCUGCUCAUCUCGACUUGGAUGAUGCUGUUGGCUUUGCGAACAUGAACCUUGGAAAAGCCAACCGUAGGACUCGCAAGGCCCGUAAGGCGGCCAAGAAGAAGGCCAGCGAGAACCCAGGAAACGAGCAGGAGGUCCUCGAAGCAUACGAGGGCGACAACAGUCUGGAGGCGGCUGAAUACCGCUGGAAGACGCGCAUGAACCGUAUGUCGCAACAGGACCGUGUGCGACAGGUCGCCCUCUACCUCCUGUGCUGGGGUGAGGCUAACCAGGUCCGUUUCAUGCCCGAGCUCAUGUGCUUCAUCUUCAAGUGCGCGGAUGACUGGCUCAACUCGCCGGCUGGCCAGGCUCAGACUGAGCCAAUCGAAGAGUUCACAUACCUCAACCAGGUUAUCACGCCUCUGUACCAGUACUGCCGUGACCAAGGUUACGAGAUCCAAGAUGGCAAAUAUGUCCGUCGUGAGCGCGAUCACUCGGGCAUUAUUGGUUACGACGACAUGAAUCAGCUUUUCUGGUACCCAGAGGGUCUCGAGCGAAUCGUCUUCGAGGACAAAUCCCGUCUCGUGGACAUUCCGCCCGCCGAGCGUUACCUCAAGUUGAAGGAUGUUCUCUGGAAGAAGGUCUUCUUCAAGACAUACUACGAGCGACGAUCGUGGUUCCACAUGGUCAUCAACUUCAACCGUAUCUGGAUUAUCCAUUUGACGUCUUUCUGGUUCUACACUGCUUUCAACUCGCAGCCCCUCUACACGAGGAAUUACCAGCAACAAUUAGACCAGAAGCCAGAAAAGGCCGCCAUUCUGUCCGCCGUCGCCCUCGGAGGUACCAUCGCCUCAUUCAUCCAGAUCUUCGCUACCAUCUGCGAGUGGUGUUACGUUCCCCGUCGAUGGGCUGGUGCUCAACAUUUGACCAAGCGUCUCUUGUUCCUCAUUCUGGUUUUUGUCAUCAACGUCGCCCCUAGCGUCUACAUCUUCGGCUUGGACAAGCGUGUUGGUACCAUUCCCAACAUCCUGGGUGGUGUGCAAUUCGCCAUCGCCUUGAUCACGUUCAUCUUCUUCUCCGUCAUGCCAAUCGGUGGUCUCUUCGGUAGCUACUUGACUCGCAACUCUCGCAAGUAUGUUGCCAGUCAGACCUUUACCGCAAGUUACCCUCGUCUUGCUGGCAACGACAAGUGGAUGUCUUACGGUCUGUGGGUUCUGGUUUUCGCUGCCAAGCUUACCGAGUCUUACUUCUUCUUGACUCUGUCCAUCAAGGACCCCAUCCGUAUUCUUUCCCACAUGAAGAAGCCUGAUUGUCUGGGAGAUGCCAUUAUCGGUAACAUGCUUUGCCAGUACCAGCCUCGGAUUCUCCUCGGUCUCAUGUACUUCAUGGACUUGAUUCUGUUCUUCUUGGACUCUUAUCUCUGGUACAUUAUCGCCAACAUGUUAUUCUCCGUUUCCAGGUCUUUCUACCUCGGUGUCUCGAUCUGGACACCCUGGAGGAACAUCUUCUCGCGUCUACCUAAGCGUAUCUACUCAAAAGUUCUCGCGACAACCGAUAUGGAGAUCAAGUACAAGCCCAAGGUUCUCAUCUCCCAGAUCUGGAACGCUGUCGUCAUCUCCAUGUACCGUGAGCAUCUGCUCGCCAUCGACCACGUCCAGAAGCUUCUCUACCACCAGGUUCCUUCGGAGCAAGAGGGUAAGCGCACACUUCGUGCUCCUACCUUCUUCGUCUCGCAGGAAGAUCACUCCUUCAAGACCGAGUUCUUCCCUGCGCAGAGCGAAGCUGAGCGUCGUAUCUCUUUCUUCGCCCAGUCUCUCUCCACUCCUAUCCCUGAGCCUCUUCCGGUUGACAACAUGCCUACCUUCACUGUUCUGAUUCCCCAUUACGGUGAAAAGAUUCUGUUGUCUCUCCGCGAGAUUAUCCGUGAGGAUGAGCCGUACUCCCGUGUUACCCUUCUUGAGUACCUCAAGCAACUUCACCCUCACGAGUGGGAUUGCUUCGUCAAGGACACCAAGAUUCUUGCGGACGAAACUUCUCAGUUCAAUGGCGACGACGAGAAGAACGAAAAGGAUACCGCUAAGAGCAAGAUCGAUGAUCUUCCCUUCUACUGCAUUGGUUUCAAAUCUGCCGCUCCUGAGUACACCCUGCGCACACGUAUCUGGGCUUCUCUCCGUUCCCAGACUUUGUACCGUACCAUCUCUGGUUUCAUGAACUACAGCCGUGCGAUCAAGCUUCUCUACCGUGUCGAGAACCCCGAAGUCGUCCAAAUGUUUGGUGGUAACUCCGACAAGCUUGAGCGUGAACUGGAGCGCAUGGCCCGCCGCAAGUACAAGAUUUGCGUAUCUAUGCAACGUUAUGCCAAGUUCAGCAAGGAAGAGCGCGAAAACACCGAGUUCCUGCUCCGUGCCUACCCCGACCUGCAAAUUGCCUACCUUGAUGAGGAGCCUCCUCUCAACGAGGGUGACGAGCCGCGUAUCUACUCUGCCCUCAUCGAUGGCCACUCCGAAAUCAUGGACAACGGUAUGCGCCGACCCAAGUUUCGCAUUCAACUUUCUGGCAACCCUAUUCUUGGAGACGGCAAAUCCGACAACCAGAACCACUCCAUCAUCUUCUACCGCGGAGAGUACAUUCAACUUAUCGACGCCAACCAAGACAACUACCUUGAGGAGUGCCUGAAGAUCCGUUCCGUCCUUGCCGAGUUCGAGGAGAUGACAACCGACAAUGUUUCACCCUACACUCCCGGUCUUCCUAAUGCCAACUUUAAUCCGGUUGCCAUUCUCGGAGCCCGUGAAUACAUUUUCUCUGAGAACAUCGGUAUCCUUGGUGACAUCGCUGCCGGAAAGGAACAGACAUUCGGUACUAUGUUUGCCCGUACAUUGGCUCAGAUUGGUGGCAAGCUCCAUUACGGUCAUCCUGAUUUCCUCAACGGUAUCUUCAUGACUACUCGUGGCGGUGUCUCCAAGGCUCAGAAGGGUCUCCAUCUCAACGAAGAUAUUUACGCCGGUAUGAACGCUCUCCUACGUGGUGGCCGUAUAAAGCAUUGCGAGUACUACCAGUGUGGUAAGGGUCGUGAUUUGGGUUUCGGUUCCGUCCUCAACUUCACAACCAAGAUUGGUACUGGUAUGGGAGAGCAGAUGUUGUCUCGCGAGUACUACUACAUGGGUACCCAGCUUCCCCUCGACCGUUUCCUGUCCUUCUACUACGCCCAUCCUGGUUUCCACAUCAACAACAUGUUCAUUAUGUUGUCGGUCCAGUGCUUCAUGUUCGUUCUCAUCCACCUCGGCGCCCUCAACCACGAGACCAUUCUCUGCUCGUUCAACAAGGACCUUCCCAUUACCGAUCCCCAAUGGCCCAACGGCUGUGCCAACUUGGUUCCUGUCUUCGACUGGGUCGCGCGUUGUAUCGUCUCUAUCUUCAUCGUUUUCUUCAUCUCUUUCGUUCCGCUUGUGGUUCAAGAGUUGACUGAACGUGGAUUCUGGCGUGCCGCAACCCGUCUGGCCAAGCACUUCUCGUCUGGAUCGCCUUUCUUCGAGGUCUUUGUCACCCAGAUCUACGCCAACGCUCUACACACCAACUUGUCCUAUGGUGGUGCUCGCUACAUUGGUACCGGUCGUGGUUUCGCUACCGCACGUAUUCCCUUCGGUAUCCUGUUCUCGCGUUUCGCCGGUCCUUCCAUUUACAUUGGUGCUCGUUCCCUCAUGAUGUUGCUCUUUGCCACCAUCACAGCAUGGGGUCCAUGGCUCAUCUACUUCUGGGCGUCCCUGAUGUCUCUCUGCUUGGCACCCUUCCUCUUCAACCCUCACCAGUUCUCAUGGGACGACUUCUUCAUCGACUACAGGGAGUACCUCCGCUGGCUGUCUCGAGGAAACACUCGGUCUCACAGCGCGUCCUGGAUUGGAUACUGCCGUCUCUCGCGAACACGUAUCACUGGUUUCAAGCGCAAGGUUCUCGGAGACCCAUCUGCUAAACUCUCUGGCGAUGUUCCUCGUGCUCAUUUCACCAACAUCUUCAUGAGUGAGAUCUUCGGUCCUCUCGUUCUGGUCGCCAUCACUCUCGUCCCCUUCCUCUUUAUCAACGCCCAGACCGGUGUCAACGACAGGCGCGAUACCUCCAAGGAGGCAGCCGGUCUUCCGCCCCCAGUCAAGUCCGGCGCCUUGGUCCGCAUUGGACUCAUCGCUUUGGGACCCGUCGCUGUCAACGCUGGUGUAUUGGCUGGUAUGUUUGCCUUGGCUUGUUGCGCGGGACCCCUUCUCAGCAUGUGCUGCAAGAAGUUCGGUGCGGUCCUGGCUGCCAUUGCCCACGCCAUCGCUGUCCUGAUCCUCCUCAUCUUCUUUGUUGUUCUCAUGUUCCUUGAGGGUUUCAGCUUCCCAAGAGCCUUGUCUGGUAUGAUUGCCGUCGUCGCCAUCCAGCGAUUCUUCUUCAAGCUCAUCAUCGUCUGCACCCUCACUCGUGAGUUCAAGGCCGACACUGCCAACAUUGCUUGGUGGACUGGAAAGUGGUACACCAUGGGCUGGCACACGAUCUCCCAACCCGGUCGUGAAUUCCUCUGCAAGAUCACCGAGCUGGGUUUCUUCGCUGCCGACUUCAUCCUGGGCCACGUCCUGCUCUUCUUCAUGUUGCCGAUCAUAUUGCUGCCAUACGCCGACAAGUUCCACUCGGUCAUGCUCUUCUGGCUCCGUCCCAGCCGUCAAAUUCGUCCUCCUAUCUACUCGCUGAAGCAGACCAAGCUCCGCAAGCGUCGUGUGAUUCGUUACGCGAUCCUCUACUUCCUGCUCCUUGUAGUCUUCCUUGCUCUCAUUGUUGGACCCAUUGUCGCUGGCAAGUUCCUCAACUUCAAGAUCAGCUUGCCUAUGGAGAUCAUGCAGCCAACUGGAUACAACAACAACGACACAACUACCAGCACGACAGGCAGGUGUGUCCAGGGCGUUUGUCCAGUGUUCAACGCCGGCGACGCCGCUGGUACAGAUGGAGGAGGCGCAGCGUCAACAGAUGCGGCGGCUCGUCGCUUCCGCCGGUACAUGGCGUACUAA